AUUAGAGUUUUCUAGAUUGUAGUUUGAGGCGCUGAAAUCGAUCGAUGAAAAGGCAAAUUACUGGUUGGGUUUUACUUCCUUUUUUUUUCCCGUAGUGUCUAUUCUUGGUAGUGACGUUAGUUGUAUUGUUCGAAAAUUAACCUGGCCAUUGAAGAAUGUCAGGAGCAGCAAGAAUCCAAGAAGAAAUCAACAGCAUUCCACUAGCAGAUGAGGAUGCUCAAGUUUCAGCAUUAGAUCCUGACAUUACACCUGAUGAAAUGGAGGAAAAGGCCCGUUUUAUUGCACAAGUUAUGGAGUUGCAGAAUACUUUAGAUGAUCUUUCUCAGAGGGUUGAUAGUGUGAAGGAAGAAAACUUGAAGCUGAAGUCUGAAAACCAAGUACUAGGACAGUACAUUGAAAAUCUCAUGUCAGCAUCAAGUGUAUUUCAGUCUACUUCUCCAAAAGCCAAGAAGAAGUAA